ACCCGAGUUACUAAACAUGAUGCACCGUUAAUGCCAGUGUUUUGGUAUUUGAUUCCCGUCUUCACCGAUGGACUGACCUCCUCCAGCAGAGAUGUUGCUGAAAGAUCUCCCGCGGGACGCCCUGCUGCGACCUCUGUCCAGAAAUGAAGUGUUGGGCAUGAUUCUGAGGCUGACCAUCUUUGGCGCUGUGACAUAUUACGGCAUCAAAUGGGCGAUGGACGCGAUGGACCCUACCUCCAAACAGAAGAGCCAAGCCAAGAAAAGGGCAGAACAGCUGAUGAGGAGGAUCGGCGUUGAGGGCGUCAGUCUGACAGAUUACGAGAUGAACAUAGCGUCUCAUCUUGUUGAUCCACAGACGAUGAUGGUGAAUGCUGUAAUCCUAAUUCAUGACAUCUUGAUUUUAAAGGUGACCUGGAGGGAUAUCGCCGGUCUGGACGAGACGAUCAACGAGCUGCAGGACACCGUCAUCCUGCCCUUCCAGAAGAGACACCUUUUAACGGGAUCCAAACUCUUUCAGCCGCCAAAAGGUGUUUUAUUGUUUGGUCCUCCAGGAUGUGGGAAGACGAUGAUCGCCAAGGCAACAGCCAAAGCGUCGGGCUGUAAGUUCAUCAACCUGCAGGCGUCCACGCUGACGGACAUGUGGUACGGCGAAUCACAGAAGCUCACGGCUGCCGUCUUCUCAUUGGCUGUCAAGAUCCAGCCCUGCAUCAUCUUCAUCGAUGAGAUUGAUUCGUUUCUGAGGAACCGCUCCAGCCUGGACCAUGAGGCCACGGCCAUGAUGAAGGCCCAGUUCAUGAGCCUGUGGGACGGCCUGGACACUUCCUCCACCACGCAGGUGAUGGUGAUGGGAGCCUCUAACAGACCGCAGGAUGUAGAUCCAGCCAUUCUGCGCAGGAUGCCCGCCACGUUUUAUGUUGGCCUGCCAAGCACGAGACAAAGGCAAGACAUCCUGAGGCUGAUUUUAGCGGGAGAAAACCUGAGCAAUGCCAUCAAUCUGAAGGAGAUCGCAGAGCGGACGGAGGGAUACUCGGGCAGCGACCUGCGGGAGCUCUGCAGAGACGCCGCCAUGUACCGAGUCAGAGACUACGUCCGCAAGGAGCAGAUGAGGCAGAUCGCGCAGCAGCUGCAGGACAGCGAGGAGGAGGAGAGGCCGGUGGAUGAGGAGCGUCUGCGCCCCGUCACCCAGCUGGACCUCCUCUUCGGUCUGGACAAGAUGAAGGAGUCCAAGCAGGCCACGGCAGCCAUGUUGCCUCUGGAGGUACCGCUGGACUGAACUCUGAAACACAGGGAACACUUGCCCCUCUUUUAUCUGCAGAAUAUCAGAGGCGCUCACUUUCAGCACAACCCUGCUACCUUCGGAAAAACACGUAAUUUAGUCUCAAAUUGCGAUAUACAGUAGGAGGGAGUGAUCAUGUGUUACUGCUGUUACUCACUCCUCUCCUGCACCACUAUAAGGCUUCAGAUGCUGUCCUUAAAAAUGCAUUUCACCCGAUCAUUAGCAGAAGGGAUUAAGUGACUCUGGACCGUUUGAUUUCUAAAUCAAUUGUCUACCAACUUAUGUUGUGGGUGUUUGAUAACAAAGCAUUGAAUCCCUUUUGAAUCGGAGUCCUUUGGAAGAUAUCAUGUAUUUGGCCCGGGUCUCAUUACACUAUAUUCUCUACAGAGGUUGUUGUGUGGUAGGACAUUAGUCCGUAAUGCAUCUCAGCCACAUGACGUCCCAAAUAACAAAUAGCUUUUUCAUUUUCAGGAAACUCCAAUCUAACUUUAAUAACUUUCCUGUUGUUUUCUGAACUGGCUCCGAUAGCUCUCUCCUGCUGGUUGAACUGAUUCUGUUUUGUUUUUUGAAAGCUGACAGGAACUCUGUAAUUCUUCAGUCUUUGCUCUCCGUGAUCAUUUCCAUUGUGUUAUUGUUUGUUUGAUGGCUUCUUGACUUGUUAGAUGUAAUGGAGGAUGCACUUAGCCGGUGUGAGGAUUUAACAGAAAGCAGUAGCAAUGCAAUUCUUUGCAGGUCUUAUAACAUACAACGGUUACAUGUAUGUUGUCAUGCUUUCAAAUCACCGUAUGUUUCAAUAGAAAAAGGGAACAAAGUCGGCUACAGGUGACAUACAAAAUCUGUGUGCCACCUAGUCACAAUAUAAGCUUGAGUCAGGUCUGAAAGGUACUGUAGACAAAAGCAAAUAACUAAACAAACAUUCAAUUAGUGUCAAAUAGAGUUUAAACUUCAAUCUGUAGUUGGAAGAACUUCUAAACCGAGCUACAAUAAAGACACGGAUAUAAGCUGUUACAGCAAUAUAAAUCGUUACUCUGCUAUCAAUGGCUAUACUAUGAUACAAACCUGAUUAUUACAGCUGUUAGAAGAUGAGUUAUAGGAAUUGUGCUGUGAAUGUGAAAGAGUUAAGGAUACUUUAAAUGCUACUAAAGUUAACCAAUGUCAAGGUCAUACGCUCUUACAGUGCUGAUUUGUAACAGAAAAUAGUCUGCACUUAUUGUUUUCCACCCAAAAGGACAACAGCUGUUACCUCUUAAUGUUCAAUCUGUGCUGGGGCACAAAGAGUGUUUUUCAAGUGUCAUAUUUAUUGUCACUUUGAAUGUUUUUAAUAAUGGACUUCCUGUCAAUCAUCACUGCAACGCACAGUCGUUUUAAUCCGUCAGUUUCUUUGAGUCUCGCUUGAAAGGAAGUGGCUUUAAAAUUGAAAAGCGUUCAAUCAUGUCCACGAUGUUGUGACAUGCUUCUCUCACUCCUCUCUGUAUAGAAAGCCUCAUUGUUCUCCACAUGGUCACAGCAUGUGUUCUUAGAUCUGUGUGUGAGUCUCUUACAGACCUUUCUCUCACUCAUCCUGUAAAGAUCAUCCAUGCACGACCACCAGGUGGCGCUGCAGCUUCACUGCCAGGAGUAACAGCCUGAAACACUUCAUUUGGAACUGUAUUGUACAAGAUUUAAUUACAAACCUUUAAGGCUCAAUCCAUGGUGUUGUGUGAUGUACAUUAACAUUCAAAUAAAAGCUUACAUCAAUCAAAUAACACUUGAAACACGAAAUGAUGCUUUAACAAAGAGUAAGAGUCUAUUUGAGCAACACAUAGACAAGAAUGACGAGUAAAAUAAGGGAGUUUUCCUCCGUAAUGUUGCAACUAGUUUGAGUCCAUGCUUCCACUUGCUGUCAUUUGUAAAUACAGUAUUGACUCAACAAUAUCAAAUGAUAUGUAAACAAAAGUUCUCCUUCAGAAGGUGUGUGUGUGUGUGUGUGUGUGUGUGUGUGUGUGUGUGUGUGUGUGUGUUGUGUCCUAUUAUUACUAUACUUGUGGGGACCUAAAUCUUUUUACAUAGUCAC